AUGGCGGGCAGCGCCGGGCGCGCUCCCGAGCAGGCGGCGGCCAGAGGCAGAGCGGCGGGCACGGGCAGCCCCUGCCCCGCUGCGGACCCGCCCCGGGGGCCGGCGGCCGCUCAGGUGGGGUUCGGCCGGUCUGGCCCAGCACCUGCCCGCCCGGAGCGCGGCCGCCUCUGGACCCCGCGUCCCUGUGUCGCCGUGCCGGUGGGCGACACGGGUGGGCGACACGGGUGGGCGACACGGGUGGGCGACACGCCGCACACAGCGAGAUACGAGGGACAGUUCUACAGGGGCCACCGCCACGGAAAGGGCGUUUGCUACUGGUCUGAUGGUUCGAAAUUCACAGGAGCUCUUUAUCUUGACCAUGUGGAAGGCUAUGGGACCUGGGAAUGGAUGGAUGGCAGAAAAUUUCAGGGGCUGUACAAAUGUGAUGAGAGAUUUGGACCAGGGAUUGAGAGCUAUCCAGAUGGCUGCCAGGACGUUGGCUUGUGGCUCAGGGAUCAUCUUAUUAAACUCUGUACUGAAGUACCCAAUUUGUUUUCUCUCUCGGAUUAUCCAGUGCACCACAGAUACAUUGAUGACAGUUCUCAAAAGAAGUAUAUUUCAGUUGAGGAAGACCCAUUUCUCCGUAGCUACAAGCAUCUCCCUUUUGAUGAUAAGGAUAUUUGCCCUGAAGGAGUCUUUGCAUAUUCUCAUGACACAGAUCAUCUUACUUUGACUCGUUCCUUCCUGGAAGAGUGUGAUGCCUGGUAUUUUCAAAACACCCCAAAGAUGCCUAAGGAAGACCCUUGGCCUGUUAAAAAUGUAACCCCUCUACUGGUUAGAAUGCAGAUGCAUAUUUACAAGCACAGGCGCUGUCAGGCAAAAUUCACUCCUGAUGUUCGCCGCAUUCUUCGAGGAGCCCGUGGUACCUAUGGCCCCCCAGGCCCCAGGGAGCUCGCCGCAAAGCAGCUCAUUGAGGCAGCAGCACGAGGAGACUGUGCUGGGGCCUUUGUGAUCCUGAGGAAGGGGCUUGUUCACCCAGACACGGCCGACAAUCGGGGACACACAGCACUCGCUGCGGCCGCUGUUCAUUCCCACAACGAUGUUGUCAAUCUUCUUCUUGAUAGUGGAGCUGAUGUGAAUAAGUGUAAUGAUGAAGGAUUAUCUGCUCUCUCCAUGUGCUUUAUUCUUUAUUAUCCAGAAGAAUAUUUCAAGGGUAAUAUUGCUGAGAGGACCUUGCACAGUUACAAGGGGAAUGAACAAUCAGAAUCCUCAGAAGUAGUCAGUGUGGCUGAAGGCAGAACCUCAGAACUACAGAAGAGAUGGGAAACAAUCCAACUGCUGCUUCGUCGAGGUGCAGAUCCCAAUACACCCUGGGUCCCACCACACCUUCUCUUCUUCGCUGUUAAAGCUGCAGAUGCAGAAGCAGUGAAACUCCUCUUAGCAAGGGGAGCCAGGACUGAUGUGCGGCUUUCAUCUAAGUUACGGGGAUUAACACCUCUGCACAUAGCUGUCUCCAUUCCUGGGGCAGAAGGGGUCCAGAUAACACAACACCUCCUGCAUUCUGCCCCAGAUCUGAACGCAAGGGCAGAAGAUGGAAAUGAAAUAUACAGUCCAGACAAGGCUCAGGCCACAGAAGCCAGCUGCACAGGAGGUGUCAUGUUCCAACUGAAGAACACAGCUGGGUCACCACAAGAGUACUUUUCCUCCUAUAGUGGUCCUGUCCCAGAGGAAGGUGGAAGGACUGCCCUGCAUAUUGUAUGUGAAAGAGAGGAUAACCACAAGCAUGCCAGAGAUGUUAUCUGCCUCCUUUUAAUGCACCAGGCAAAUCCAAACAUGCUGUGGAGUGGCCAUUCACCACUGUCCUUAGCCAUCGCCAGUGGGAAUGACUUGGCAGUGGCUGAGCUCCUCAAGCACGGGGCUGACCCCAACCUGCCCCUGGGUGCAGCCGUCCACAGCGCCCUCUGCGCCACGCUCAGCACAGCCUACGGAUGGGAGAGACCAGCAGCACAGAGGAUCGCUUUGGUUGAUAACCUGCUUGAAGCUGGUGCAGAUAUCCUUGCACCAGUUACUCUCGGGGAGGGACAGGGCAAGGCUGUGGGAACAGUGGUGGACUUUGCCUAUGACAUAUAUGCUCAGGACUGGAGAAUCUCUCACACACUGUACCACACCCUGUCUGCAGCUGAGCAGGAAGUUUUCCAAACCCGCCAGUCACUUCUGGAACACAUUUCAGAGAAGCUCCGUGAGCGCAUCAUCCUGAAAGAGAAAGAGUGGGAUCAGGAAGAACUGAGAAGAGCCAAGAGAAAUUCUGCUGUUCAUACACACGUUUCAAAGAAGGAUGGAGGGAGCCAUCACUUGGAAGAAGGGAGACUGCCCUUCUUUAAGUACUGCUACCAGUGUGGCCGCUCAGUUGGGGUCCAGCUGUCGCUUUGCACGCGUUGCCAUGAAGUCUUCACUUGCAGUGAAACCUGCAAGAAGAAAUCCUGGGCUGAGCGGCACAGGCAGGAGUGCAGGGGGCUGCGGGGGAAAAGUCCAGCUCCAGCAGCUCUGGGUGCCAGCAGCACAGGAUGCAAAGAGAAAGUCCCUGGCAAAAAGGGGAAAAAUGGAAGAGAAGAAAAAGAGGAAAGGAAAGGAAGCAGAAAGAGUGAAGUUGGGGGUGGUGGAGGAAAGCAUCACAGGAAGAAUGACUGACUUGACUCACGUCACUCCUACUGUUGUGUGGAUAAGUUUUAAUCCCACUAUACUUUCUGCCUUGUAAUCCC